AUGGGUGAUACCUGCUGUAGUGAGGACUCUAUGGGUCGAAUGACUGUUCUACUUCAUAAAUAUUUGGGAAAUGAUACCUUUGUUCACAGUGUUAGUUUGGCUGAGAAUGCAGAAGAAGAUCGGAAAGCUGGUUAUUUUGGACAAAUCAAUAUACAAGUGGAUCAAGUAUGUGAAAAGUUGGCAACCAUACCAGAACUACAGAAUGGAUAUAAUGCUAUAGGGUUUUCUCAGGCAAAAAGAAGAACUUUGCUACAAAGAUGUAAUCAACCGCGUAUGCAUCGAUUAAUUACCUUUGGUUCUCCACAUGGAGGUGUAUCUGACAUUCCAAACUGUAUGAAUCAGAUUGAUCCUUUCUGUGGGAUGAUGAGGUUCCUUGUCCGUAGUGGCGCUUAUUCAGAAUAUGCACAAAAGAACAUCGUUCCAACCCAGUAUUAUCGGGAUCCGUUCAGCUUAGCGGAUUAUAUAUCAAAAUGCUCAUUUUUACCUUAUAACAACAAUGAACUUCAACACAAGGACAGUCUUAAAUAUAAAGAAAAUAUAGUAUCUUUAGAGAAAUUGAUCUUGAUUCGAUUCACUCAAGAAGAAAUAGUGAAACCUGCACAGUCAGCCUGGUUCUGGGUCUAUAAUGAAAAUAAUGGCAUCGUCCCUCUCGAAGAUCAAGCGCUAUAUGUAUACGAUUGGUUAGGGUUAAGGAAAUUAAAUGAAGCAGGACGUCUAGAAUUUUUAGUAGCUCCAGGGCGGCAUAUGCAAAUAAGCGAUGAAUACUUUGAACAAAUAGUUAAAGCUUACCUAAUGGUUGAAUCAUUACGUAUGGUCAAUGAAAUUCAAAUUGGCUGA